GACCCCCUCGCUGUAAACAAUAGUUUAAUUAUAACUAGAAAUUCUAUUGUAGUACAUAAUGGAACUGAUAUCAUUACAUCAUUACAAUAUAUACUAGAAACAGAACCGGACCUGUCUAUACAAUAUUUGGAAAAUGUCGAUGUAUUAAAUAAUUAUUUUCCAGAUAUAGCAUUUAACGAUCUUACUUUUUCUAUUGAACCUAUAGAAGAAGAAUUGAAUGUACUUCCUUCACAACCUGAUGCAGAUAUUGUACAGAUACAAGACACAGAAAAUGAACUAAAGAAAGAAGCUGAUAAUAGUAAGGACAAGAUACAGAAGAUUCAUAAUAAUCUUAGAAAAGCUUUAGGACCCAGACAUGCUGCCCGAGUAUGGAAAUGUGCUGAACAAAUUUAUCAACUUCUCCAA